UUGCGCAAGGUUAGAAGAACAAGCAACGGAACAUUCUCCAACAUGUCCUGCCAGCAAAACCAGCAGAAGGGCCAGCUCCCUGCCAACUGCCUCUCCAAACAUCCACCCAAGCGCUUCCAGCAGGCCCCUCAGGCCCCGGCUCUCUGCCCCGCUUCAGCUCCCUCUCGCUGUGAGCCCAGCUGCAGUAUUUCCGGCUUUGGAAGCCACUGCUCUCUGGUAUCCCGCCGCUUCGCAAGCCUCUACCUGUGCCAGCCUCAGCCUUCCAACUGCUGUGAGGUGGAACUCUCUGGAUGUUCCAGUUGCUGCCAUGGUUUUGGGGGCUACAGCUGACCUGCAACCUUUGAGGAGCCAAAGAGCCACAGCCAAGGACCAGUCUGAAUUUGAUGUCACUUCUCAGUCUAAUUCAUCCCUCUCCUGAAUUAAGCUGCCUAGAUGUGUAGGUGAUGGAUUUCUCUUUUUCCUGAAAAUCUCACACCUCCUGGCCUUAGCUCUGAUCCUAGGUGAAGAAGACCCCAAUGAUGGAAAAACUCUGCUUCCCAAAGCCUUGUCAGUGUGCAAAAAUAAAGCUUAUCU